GAUGUGGCACAUUUCUCUCUCCUUUGUCCUCUCGAGCAUAAUACGAGAAACUGAAUACACUCGCUUUCUACCGUUUCUUGUCUCUAGCUCGGAUUCUCCAUAAGACUGCUGGACAGCCUGCUUUCGCGCCUCUCCUUGGCACGCCUUCGCUCUUUCAUUUGACAGUUCUUUUCUAGCUUCAUCAUCGUUUUUCUCUACAAUCCCAUCGCAUACCGAUAUCCAAUCUCUAUACAUAAUAACUUCAUCUAGUCAGAAUUUGAACAUUUUGCAGACAGAGCCAUCCCUUUCAUUUCGAGAUAUCCCGUUCGACAUUGUCCUGUACGCAAGAUCUUCUAUCGCCGCCCAUAUGACAUCCUUCGAAUGAUGGUAUUUCAAGAUGGAACAUGUCCUGCCCUCCGAUCUAGAUCCGUUACAUCCAACUCUUUCGGUUCCGGGUAGCCAGUACACAUCAACCACCAGUCGCCGUGAGACCAACAAAGGGAUUCAUGCGCGGCGUCUUCUGUUGCAAAACUGCAGUCGUCGACUUGGCCUGCGAAUCUUUGGAAAUCAUGUUGGACACCACGGAUCACCAUCAGGGGUCCCUUCACCACCAGACUCGGCUAUAGACUCCAUUCCAGCACAGGAUGCUUCGAACAAACCCGAAUUCCUACCAAAGUUACAAGCUGCUAUGACGCGGCACCGCCGACGGCCAUCUGAUCCUGUUUCAUCGUCCGAGAGCGUCGGAAGGCGAAGGCGACAUCAACCUCGCCAAAGAUGUGCCGGAACAAUACGGAGAGGAAAUGCGAACAGAUCCUUUAACUCUAUUCUGAGCAAGCAAGACUGCAGGAAGAAACUGAUUAUCUUGGUUAUAUCCGGAGUCUUCCUCGCUGCAGUUGUGGCUGUUUAUUGUGCACUUUCUGUAUCCAAAGCCACAUUAGACCGUGAGCUUCAUAUUCUAUUAAUAUUUAUGGUUAUGAUACUCGUGGUCCUCUUCGGUCACUCCCUCAUUCGCUUCUGCAUGGUGGCCUUACAGCGACCACGGUCCUCUGUUGCCGAGAACCGCAUACCAAGCAGGGAAGGGCCAGUUGGAUACGCUCAGCUGGAACAUCCGAUACCUGUUAUUGUCCCAGGGGAUGAAGAGAGCUUGAUAGGGGAGAAGCCUGCAGCUCCCCCUCCGGCUUACGGACUCUGGAGGAGUAGUGUGGUGAGUGCUAAUUCUUCGGCUUUUCUGAUCAAAUACCAUUCUGAAUCUCAUCUGCGAGGGCAACCCCCCGAGAAGUAUGCCUUGUUAACAUGUAUUAUUCCAGAGAAUAAACCCUGACCUGCUUUACUGGAGGCGUGUCAGUGGCUCACCGUUAGCCAGAGACACCAUCAAUGAGGAUCCAGGUGAACAUCGCCCUCCGAGUUAUGUUUCGGACGAUGGUGUCGAUUAUGUUAUUCAUGCACAACCACGGUCUCUUAUACCAACUGGGCCAAUUGACGCCUGUAGUCGCCCGUGAUCAGACCUGUCCAUGCAUGCCAGAAUUGGAUGUGAUUUUUCUUAGCGGAGACACCCUAGGAAGUUGUCCUUCCAGGGAUUCCAGUCCGGCUGUAAACUAUUCUUUUCUUCGUGUCUAUAUGUGGAGCGGCGGAUGCGGAGUAAAUGCAUACAUAUGAUGCUUGAUACUUACUAUCCUUGAGAAUAGCCAUGCGCUGGCACGCAUGUCCAAUCGCAUCAUUGAUGGUUUUGCAAAUUUUGUAAAUAGCUGCAUUUGAAGUCCUUGGAUAUCUGUGCCAAUUAACUGGUGUCUAUUUGCAAUUCGAUCAUGG